CCAGUGCCAUCCAACAAGGUAGGAUCAAAACUUGGCCCAUAACACGCUGUCUGAAACACUGCAGGACACUGGGCUACUCGACAGUACCUUUGUGCACGCAUGAAUGUCCUUUGGCCGUGCAGCCUCACAGUUAGAGCGUCUCGCAAUCGCCUUUCACCGUCCUAGCCUUCCUAAGCCUCCAUUGCACAACACCAGAAACAACCGGUUCCCAAUUCUUGUUACCAGCCAAAUAUGCUCACGGAAAUUCAGUACAUUGCCACUCGCUGCACAACCAGAGCCUUCCGUCCGACCGCAACGACGGGUACCGCAUCAGAAGUUGGCGUCUGUUCGCGCACAAAUACACGACGCGCUGGAUUCGUUGGAUGAAUCUCAACCAGAGCGACAUCCAUUAAAGGAGGAUCAGAUCCUGCGCGUCCUCGACACCCUUGCCAGCUCUGCACGGCCUCAAGACCUCGCUCUGAUCGAGAAAGUUCUAGCCAACUUCACGUCUCUGUGUGGUCUCCCCGUGGUAGCUGACGUCCACAGUCACAUCAUUCAUGGGUUGCUAAGGCAGGGAAAUCCUCAGACUCUGCUAAACUGGCUUGUUCAAAUGCGUCAGAAGCCUGGGAACGUCCAGCCAUAUCUCCAGCAUUGGCACAUGUUUCUCGAGUACUGUGCGGACGUGGGUCAUGUCAGGAUGAUACGGAUUGCCCUGUCUAAGAUGGCCCACAGCGGCUGCCCUCCUAACAACCGUACCCUCAAAAUCCUCUUCAGGGCGAUGUUCAACUCUGGGGCUUCUGUGAAGGACUUCCAUGCAGCUUUCAACGACAUAGAGAAGUACACGUUCUGGUACGACGAGGACGUUGCCAACAUGCUCUAUGAUGGUUUCGUGAAGCUUAACCAGACUCAACAAGCAAGAGAAGUCAAAGCGGAGUUUAACAGGCACUUCCUUAAGAGAGUAAUUAAGGAGAGCCCAAGACUUGUAGAAUGGGAGGAAAGUCUGGCGCUCGAAGUUGAACGACAUGGUAUGGUCGACGCGGUCAAACUCUGCAGAUCUCUUCAAGAAGAUGGAUACAAAGUUCAUCACCGUACACUUUCCAUUCUGUUACGUCGCAGCCACGACAUCUCUGACUUGGAGUAUGCCGGGGAAGCACUCGACUUGAAGCCAUCCGCAUUUCACUGGUCGAUCAUUAUUGCCAACGCAAUACGUGCUGGAAAUCUCCCUUCCGCCCUGUCCAGCUACCGUCAGUUCCGAUCGACUGGUUUACCGCUCAGCGCCCCUCUUUUACAACCCCUUAUCACCGGUUUGUGUAACACUGCGACUUCAGGUUCUAGCGAUGACCUGCUGGACCAGGCACUGAAGUUGUAUCAUGAGCUUGCGACCACAUUCCCUCCGGCGGAUCCUGAUGCACUCCCACGACGAGAAGAUCUGGAUUUCAUGCGCGAGCGUUCUGUCGGACCGGAUGCUUACAUGUAUGGCACACUCCUCCGAGCUAUGGGGAGUUCAACCGAUGUGCAGAAGUACUCCAAUGUUGCAAUCUCUCUUUUAGCUGCAAUGGAAGCCAGAGCCAUACCUCACACUUCCGUAAUCCUCGCAUCACUGAUCGUGAUUGCCAUGCGCUGUUCCUCAAGCGUAGAUGAAGCUUUGGAGGCAUACAGGCGUUUGGCUAGACAGACGAAUGUCCCGCGUAUCACUGCAUGGGGUUAUCAGUGGAUUCUGGAUACAUUGUCCAAGCUGACGUUCGGAGAGGACCGGUCCCUUCCACCCGUAUGGCACUACUUCGAAAUCGUUAAGGAUAUGCGUCUUUCCGGUCUGGCUGUCACCCCUACCAUAUACGCUCAACUACUCAAGCAUCUCGCCCACUUGGCUCCUGAUGCCCCAGAGGUCAUGAAAGACCGCCUCGCAGCUUGCGUUCGACGUGUUCACGAUCACCUCACGCUCGACCCCACUAUGACACCUAAUAUUUCACUCUGGAACCAACUCAUGGACACUUAUCAGCGCGUCGGUCUGUUCGCGGAAGCGUACAGAGUUUGGGAAAUGCUGCUCGUGAGCGAGAACUUUGAUCAUGCGAGCGUCUCCAUCAUACUGGAUGCAUGUGGCUUCGCCAAUGCGUGGCCUCUGGCUCAAAAGGUUCACAUGAGGCUAUCUGAACGAUCUUUCCUGUUUAACCAGGGGAAUUGGCAUUCUUACGUGGAAUGCAUGUGUCGUGUCGGGAGAUUGAAUGAUGCCGUGAAAACAGUUUGCUUACAGAUGGGUCAAGGUCAGAAAGACGUGGCACCCAAUGCGGAUACGAUCCAGGUUCUUUUGACAUUCGCUACAAGGGCGAAUCAGCAGGACGAGGUGCUUUCUCGGAUACAACGAUACCUUCCAGACCUUUGGGUGACGUUGCCAUCUAUGUUAGGAGAGAUCGUCAUAAAACCGAACCAUGUCGCAAUGUAGUGUUUGUUCGUAGAUGGUUUCAUUGCAAAGGCAAUACCAAACUGGUAAUCGUGU